GCCUCGCUUUUUCGCACUACAACUCGCACGCCAUUCCAUCAGCAUUAGCCCAACCCAAGUCGAAUUCGGCGCCAGCACGUCCCUUUUCCUGCCUCCUCAUGGAUCUCUUGGAUUGGGAUACCAUAUCGAGAUCCAAUACCCUGCGAAUAGCCCGACAUGGCUCCUGACAGAGGGGUACCCUCUCACACUCACUCCCCCUCCACGUCCGACGUCCAAGACCAUGAACUGCUGCCGCAGGCUAGUCCACAGCAAGACACCUCCCGCACUCGAUCCGACCAUGCCUGCUAUGCCACCCCUGGGGCACACAACUCGGCCUCGGAUGGGACAAAUUUCACAUUUCGGGGUGUUGCAGUUGGGACAUUGAUUGGCAUCAUCAUUUGCUUUUCCAACACAUAUUUUGGGUUGCAGACUGGUUGGGUUUCUGGGAUGGCAAUGCCCGCUUCGCUGAUCGGAUUUGCGGUCUUCAAGUCCCUGUCUCGUUAUUUGGUCCUUCCAUUCACACCUGUGGAAAAUGUCCUUGUCCAGACGGUGGCUGGCGCGGUGGGCACUAUGCCGCUCGGACUAGGUUUUGUCGGAGUGAUGCCGAGCAUACAGUUCUUGUUGAAAAAGAGCGAGGGUGCGCCGGUCGAUCUGAGUCUGUGGAGGCUCAUUGUCUGGGGCAUUGGUCUUUGCUUGUUUGGCGUCGUGUUCGGAGUACCCUUGCGAAAACAGGUCAUCAUCCGCGAGCGCCUCAAGUUUCCCAGUGGGACUGCCACAGCCCUCAUGAUAAGUGUUCUGCAUGGCAAUGCCAAGAGCGAAGAGGGAAAGGAUCGAGAGAUAGAAACCCAAGGGACCGAGGAGCGCGAGGAACUAUUGAGGGAAAGCGAUCGAGACAACCCGCCGGAGCCGGCGGAAGACCGUGAUAUGCGAGGGGAUUGGAAAAGGCAAAUCCGACUUCUUGUGGUUGCCUUCUUCGCCUCCGGUGCAUACACGCUGAUCCAAUACUUCCUCCCUAUUCUCCACAAACUGCCCGUCUUUGGCACAUACUUGGCCAAUACCUGGGAAUGGACGCUCAAUCCUUCGCCGGCAUAUGUUGGCCAAGGUAUCAUCAUGGGUCCUGCCACCACCUUCCACAUGCUUCUCGGUGCUAUUGUAGGCUGGGCGAUACUAAGUCCCAUAGCCAAAAACAACGGGUGGGCGCCAGGACCCGUGGAUGACUGGGAAACAGGGAGCAAAGGCUGGAUCGUCUGGGUCAGCCUGGCAAUUAUGCUGGCUGAUGCAGUCGUCAACCUAGGCUGGCUGUUCCUUCGACCUACCAUUCACUAUGGUCCAGAUUGGAUCAAGUCCAUCCAAGCGCACUACAGAGAUGGUUCUUCCUGGUCCGACUUCGGCAAACUACUAGCGGGCUAUAUUCCCCUCUACACGUCUCCACAAGAGUCUCAGUCUUCUUCUACUGGCAAUCCACGGAAGCCCGCACCCGACGAGCCUCCUGACGAUGCGCCGCCGCACCACCUUGUGUCCAACCGGACCGUCGCCAUCUUCCUUCCAAUCACGCUGAUACUUUGUGUUGUGUGCAUCCACAUAACCUUCGGCGCUUACAUCCCUAUCAGCCUCAACAUCCUUGCUAUCUUUCUUGCCCUGGUCCUCUCGAUCAUGGGCGUGCGCGCUCUCGGUGAAACAGAUCUAAACCCCGUGUCUGGGAUUUCAAAACUCACACAAUUGGUCUUCGCCUUGAUCACACCGACUGGACCACAUGCGAACCACAGUAUAAUCAUCAACUUACUGGCGGGAGCUGUAAGCGAAGCCGGCGCGCUUCAAGCAGGCGACAUUCUCCAAGACCUCAAAGCGGGACAUUUAAUCGGGGCAUCGCCCAAGGCGCAGUUCUAUGGUCAGCUUAUAGGGAGUGUCGUGGGAGCCUUUGUCUCUGCGGCAGUGUACAAGCUCUACGUCUCGGUGUACCCGAUUCCAGGGGACUUGUUUGAGAUUCCCACUGCCUAUGUCUGGAUCUUUACUGCCCGGUUGGUGACUGGGAAAGGUCUCCCGGCAAUGGCCUGGCAAUUCGCCCUCCUCUUUGGUGCAGUAUUUGUUCUCACCACCACUCUACGGAUAUACCUCCUCGCAUACAGAGAUUCCAAGCCCUGGUGCAAGGCUUUGCACCCAUGGAUCCCGGGUGGGAUUGCGGUGGCAGUAGGAAUGUACAACACUCCCAGCUUCACACUGGCACGAACUGUUGGUGGCGUGAUCUCUCUAUGGUGGAUACGAUGGAAAGGAAGGGGGGAGACAAGGGUCAUUGUGCUUGCGAGUGGGUUGAUCCUGGGGGAAGGCGUGGUUAGUAUUUUGAACCUGGUGUUAGCGAGUUUGGGGGUGCCGCAUCUCUGACUGAAAGAGGGCGAUGUUUGGGCAGUCGAGUGCUCGGGAGAAUAAUUUUAUGAAGAAAAGCGGGAAUCAGGGUUAUGAUAUCGAUAGACGGCAGCCACCCUUGUAUUGAUGUGUCGUGGUGGUCGUGGCACAUUCCAUACCACGUGAAGAUCAAACCAAAAAUAUAUUAAAUGACACAUUUGACUCCAAGCCAUGACCUGGAGGAGAGGAGAAA